GAGCUCACUUGUCAAAACGUCAUGACUUCGUGAAUUGGGAUGCAUGCGCCACUUAGGACAAUCGCGUAAAGUCGCGUUGUUGCCGCCUGGCCCUGAGAUCGCCAUUCCAACUUCUUCGAGAUGGGUAAACAAGAGCUCGACACGCGCCCCAGUGUAAUUGUUGUUGGUGCUGGUGCUGGUGGUGUUGCGACGGCCGCGCGCCUCGCCCAGGCUGGAUGCAAAGUCACGCUUGUUGAGAAGAAUGACUUCUCGGGUGGAAGAUGUAGUCUGAUACAUCGUGACGGCUACAGAUUCGACCAAGGACCCAGUCUGCUCCUCUUGCCUGAGCUGUUCAAGGAGACAUUCCAGGACCUUGGCACAUCACUGGAAGACGAAGGCGUCCAUCUCGUCAAAUGCAAUCCCAACUACAAUGUUCAUUUCCACGAUGGGACAAACUUCAAGCUAUCAACUGAUAUUGCUAUCAUGAAAGAGGAGGUAGAGCGGUUCGAAGGGAAAGACGGCUUCGAGCGGUAUCUAGGUUUCCUACAAGAGGCACAUCGUCAUUAUGAAUUGUCGGUCAUUCAUGUGCUGAAGCGCAACUUUUAUUCGCUUUUUAGCAUGGUUCGUCCGAGUUUCCUGCGUCACCUGAUUGCCCUGCAUCCUUUCGAGAGCAUAUACACACGAGCUGCAAUCUACUUCCGCACCGAAAGACUACGUCGAGUCUUUACGUUCGCGAGUAUGUAUAUGGGUAUGAGCCCGUUCGAUGCUCCCGGAACGUACAGUCUUCUGCAGUACACGGAACUCGCGGAAGGCAUCUGGUACCCCAUCGGCGGCUUCCACAAGGUCAUUGAGGCUUUAGUCAAUGUUGGAGAGCGCAAUGGCGUCGAGUACAUGUUCAACAGCCCGAUCUCAGGGAUACAGCUCUCCAACGAUGGAAAACGCGCGACAGGAGUAACAUUCCAGGACGGCAGGCCGCCCCUCACAGCAGAUUUGGUCGUUUGUAACGCAGAUCUGACAUACGCCUAUAACGAGCUUCUUCCAAAUUCUAGUUACGCAAAAUCCCUCCAGGGCCGCAAGGCCUCGUGUUCGAGUAUAUCGUUCUACUGGGCGCUUGACAAGCAAUUCCCCGAACUUUCAGCACACAACAUCUUCCUCGCUGAAGACUACAAGGAGUCCUUCGACAGCAUCUUCAAGAAGCAUCUCAUCCCCGAUCAACCCAGCUUUUACGUCAACGUGCCUUCUCGCGUUGACUCCUCUGCAGCACCCAAGGGCUGCGACUCCCUCGUCGUCCUUGUCCCCGUCGGCCACCUGGAAGACUACGGCUCGGACACGCACAAGGGCUCUCAAAGCACCCCAGGACGCACCCAAGAUUUCAACGCCAUGGUGGAAAUGGCGCGCGACACGAUCCUCAAGACCAUCGAAGCCCGCCUCAACAUCAACGUUCGCGCGCACAUCGUCAACGAAGUCCUCAACACUCCUGUGACCUGGAAAUCGACGUUCAACCUCGACCGCGGCGCGAUUCUGGGCCUCUCGCACUCGUUCUUCAAUGUCCUUGCUUUCCGUCCCAAGACCAAGCAUGCUUCGAUCGAGGACUUGUACUUUGUGGGCGCGAGCGCGCACCCGGGAACUGGUGUGCCGAUUGUGCUCGCGGGCGCGAAGCUGGUCAGCGAUGAGAUUCUGGCAAAGCUGAGGAUGGAGCCGAAGCUUAUGGAUCAGGGAGAGGCAGCGACAAUGAGGGAGGAGUACAGGGUUAUGCGCAAGUGGGGAGUUCCGCUGAAGAGCCAUUUGGAUGUGCAGAGUAAGACGACGUACUCGAUUUGGCUGCAGUGGUGGGUGCCGGUCUUCCUCACACUGGUAGCAAUCUAUCUGUGGAGUGGGACAAGUCAAGGUGUCAGUAUUCUGUCGUGAGCGUACCACAUUCACGGAGGAGAAGGUUCUGUUUAGACUUGUUCUAGUAGUCGGGGAGUUCAUGUCCGUAAUUCUAAUGCAUCAAC